GAAAGCAGACAUCAUAUCCGGUUUUGGGAACUCAACUCGACUGAACUGCACAGUGCAGUGAAUAUGAUUUUUUACCGGACACAAAUAAUUUGCUUCAGGAAAAAUAUUGGCUAUUUACGCCUUUUGCCCCUUGCAUGCCGAGCAGAGAGACACUUCUGCACAUCAAAAACCAAUAGUGAUGAGGUUAAUUUGGCUAAAGAAGCAAGCAAGAAAUAUGGUUCUUCAGCUCCAACUAUCUUUUCCAAAGUGAUUGACAAAAGUAUUCCUGCAGAUAUAAUUUAUGAAGACGAUAAGUGUUUAGCCUUUAGAGAUAUCAGUCCACAAGCUCCUGUGCAUUUCCUGGUUAUUCCCAGAGUCGCUAUCCCAAGAAUCAGCGAAGCCAAAGAUGACGAUGCUGAGCUGUUAGGCCAUCUCCUAGUAGUUGCUAAAAAUGUAGCGAAGAAAGAGAGAUUACACAAUGGUUACAGAGUGGUGAUCAAUGAUGGGAAGCAUGGUGCCCAGUCUGUAUAUCACCUCCACAUCCAUGUUUUGGGAGGCAGACAGUUGAACUGGCCUCCAGGCUAGCAAAUGGACCUUCUGUUAAUUAGGGGUUAUUUUCAUGUCGGUCACAUACCAAUAUAAUAAAGGUCUAGGAUUUAAUUGUCUUUUCAAUAGUGAUUUCUUUUUGUUAUUUUGGAUUUCCUACUGUGUAAUAUGAGAUGAUCAUUGACGUUAUUGUACAGUGUACCUGUGUAAAAAGAUUGAAAUAAAAAGUUCUGGAAUAAAAAAUAUCCAAUACAUUUGAAUUAAAUAAACUUUUGGAGAUAUUUGCUGGACACAAUUUCACAGACAUUUUCAGUCAGGCAUGGAGAUUGUUGUUUCUAUGUUGUGCUAUUUUGAUACAGUAGCCUCAUUAAUAUGUCCAGAAACCAGCUGAGGCAAUGAUAACUGAGGACAGGUGUGGUGUGACUGGUGGCAUGACUAUGACCUUGGUCAAGAAUAUUGGCUACUCUGUCAUCUGGAGCGCAUGGUUGAACUUUCACCUGCAUUAACUGAAACGGCAUGUCCAGGUUCAGGCAAUUCUUAACUUCAACACCUCAAGAUAUGAAAUAAGAUUGACACUUUGACCUGAAAUACAAGAUUUUAAAUACUUGUAAUAACAGGUCAAUAACAUUAUCUAUUAAUCUUGGAAAACAACUUAUUUGUUUUUUUACCCUUUUCAAUGCAGAAUGUGUAUUAAAUGAGAAAGACUUGUUGCACAAUGUUUGUUCCCUACAGAUUAAAGAUCUGGAUUUUUUGGGUCAAAGUCUCCUCUUUCCUCAUAAACCUGUGGAGGUUAUCUUGCUUUAUCAAUGAAUUUUAUAUCCCCACGAUAUAAAAAUAAUAAGAACUGACAAGAUAAACAUCUUUGUACCAGUCUGAACCAUGGUCCCAACUGAAAAUUAGGAUUAUUUAUAUACCUGGAAUCGGAAAUUUACUACCUGCACAAAAUAAUGUGAAUUAGACUAAUUGGUCUUAAAACUGUUUUACUUUCACUUACCCAGCCACAGUAAUGUCAAUACUAGCUUAACUCAGAUGCUCAGUCUGUAAUGUAAUCUGCUACCACCUUAUAGCCUCCAUUUUAGUUUCCACACCUUUGGCUGCGGAAGGUAACCUUUGUCCAAGUCUGUUGGUGGAUCUUUAACUGGGCGACUCGACCCUCAUUAGGUGUGGGCCAAGUUACGUAAGAGUAAAGACAGAGUAGUAGGCUGGUACUUUCCCCCGUACAAGACCACCACAGGCUGUCCUAGGUGACAGUUACGCACUGCACAGCACAUCGAAGUCCAUCCCAGUUUUACUCUGGUUGAUAUCAUAUAGCACCUGCCUCUGUCUGUCUGACUGGACAAGGUCCCUGAACAAGGAAUUAAACCAUGUCAGACCAAGAGGAUUCAAUUGUCCCCAGUGGGGUUGCUGUUGUAAAGAGGAUUUCAGAGAGUUUGAGUGAUAAUCCUCUUGGAGAAAGCAAAUCAUCCGUCACCACACUCCACCAGAACAACAACCACUCCAGUGAUCUUAUCAAAAAAGGAUUAGUAGAUCAUCCACAAAUAAAGUC